ACGUCUAGCCACAGAGAGCCAUAGAGUUGAGGCGCAACCGCUAACUGCGGAGCCCACAGAGGUCGCUGUUUUCCGGUCCCUCACAGGAAGCCGCGCUGCUUUCUAUGGUCGUGUUUCUCCGGCCCCGCUUCCCAUCUAUGAGACCGAGGCCUCCGAGGAGAAUACUGUUAUCUUUUUCUUGCCCAGCACCUGGAACUUAAAGACUUAGGUGGCCUGACUUGGUCGAGGGAAGACUAAAGGAACGGACAAAGAAGGGGCGGGGCAUCCGGAGGGCUACUGAGAGCCCCGGAAGUGCAAUUCUCGCGGGUUCCUCAGAGUCAGGUCUAUCUGAAGCCGGCUGACGGCAGCUGGGAACACCGGUGGUCUGAGGCCAGGCGUCCAAACCGGCGCGACCGUCGUGACCACCUGCCAGUCGCAUUUCUUUGCUUUUGUUGACUCCGUCUUGAAGUGAGUCGUAGACGAGCUGCGUUCAGCGUCUACCUGGAAAACGUAGCUUGCUUGUGUAACGCCGAGCGGUUAUUGAGAGGAUAUCUCGCUACGUAGACCAGACUGGCCUCCAUAUGCUUUCGUCUACCUCUGUGGUUUGGGAUUAGAGUCUUGAGAUUUAAGGCUUGAGCCAUCCCCCUUUCUUCCAAGGCAAGGUGGCACUUCUCUUAUAAGGCUGCUUCUCCUGAGAGCAGUCCUGGCUUCUAAGACUGCCAUCCACAUAACUCUGGAAGAGCUGACGUUGUCUGCGUCCUAACAACCCUGGACAGAACCCAGCAUGUCUCAGGCCACCAAGAGAAAACACGUGGUGCAGGAGGUGCUGGGAGAGCACAUGGUGCCCUCAGACCAACAGCAGAUAGUGAAGGUCCUGAGGACUCCCGGCAACAAUCUGCAUGAGGUAGAGACGGCACAAGGGCAGCGCUUCCUGGUGAGCAUGCCCUCCAAAUACCGAAAGAACAUCUGGAUCAAAAGAGGGGACUUCCUCAUUGUUGACCCUAUUGAAGAGGGAGAGAAAGUGAAGGCUGAGAUAUCUUUUGUGCUCUGCAAGAACCAUGUCCGUUCUCUGCAGAAGGAGGGCCACUGGCCUGAGGCCUUCUCUGAGGUAGCUGAGAAACAAAACAGUAUGAACAGACAGAGUCAGCCAGAACUGCCUGCUGAACCACAGCUGUCAGGAGAUGAGUCAGGUUCUGAAGAUGAUUCUGACCUCUUUGUCAACACCAAUCACAGACAAUAUCAUGAGAGUGAGGAGGAGAGUGAAGAAGAGGAAGAGGACGAGGACGAGGAGGCAGCCUGAGCCCCACGGACCCACUUCUCUACUUGCUCAGGGACUACCCCUUGGCUUUUCUGGGCUUGGACAUUCCCAGGGUGCCCUGCAGAUCUUUUCUUUUGGAUGGGGACAAGGCAUGGCCCCUUUCUGAACUGACCUAGAAGAAUUAAACCCCUGGUGGGUAAUGACUUGC